AUGUGGUGUGGUGUGGUGUGGUGUGGUGUGGUGUGGUGUGGUGUGGUGUGGUGUGGUGUGGUGUGGUGUGGUGUGAUGUGGUGUGGUUGGUGUGGUGUGGUGUGGUUGGUGUGGUGUGGUUGGUUUGGUGUGGUAUGGUAUGGUGUGGUGUGGUGGUGUGGUGUGGUUGGUUUGGUGUGGUAUGGUAUGGUAUGGUAUGGUGUGGUGUGGUGUGGUGUGGUGUGGUGUGGUGUGGUAUGGUGUGGUGUGGUGUGUUAUGGUGUGGUGUGGUAUGGUGUGGUAUGGUGUGGUAUGGUGUGGUGUGGUGUGGUGUGGUGUGGUAUGGUAUGGUGUGGUAUGGUGUGGUUUGGUGUGGUUGGUGUGGUGUGGUGUGGUGUGGUGUGGUGUGGUGUGGUGUGGUGUGAUGUGGUGUGGUGUGGUGUGAUGUGA